AGGAUUCGUAUUGGGUAGGCUACAAUAUACGAAGUUUUCAUACGUGUUUAGAUCUUUAAUGUAGGGCAAAUGUGUGCCUCAUCCCAGGAAUUAAGGGCAUAGUAUCAAGCUUUCGGGAGAACUUCAAAUGUCCAAGGAGAGAAAAAGCAUGGAAACUUUCGGGAUCCCAUCCACAGGACGAUAGGCUUAUAUUACGUUGAACUGCUAUCAAGUUAAUUUUGCCAGUGUUGAAUUUUGUUUUUGAAUACAGUCAUGGACGAUAUUUUUACACAAGUGAGGGAAGGAAAUGCUUUCCAUGUACGAGUAUGGUUGGAUAAUACAGAGAACGAUCUAAACCAGGGAGAUGAUCACAGGUUCAGUCUACUCCACUGGGCGGCGAGGGAGGGGCGUAAUACCAUUGUGGACAUGCUUAUCCAGCGAGGGGCACGCAUUAAUGCCACAAACAUGGGGGAUGACACUGCACUACACCUCGCCGCCAGCCAUGGUCACCGCGACAUAGCUCUGAUGCUUCUCCACAAUAAGGCCAACAUCAAUGCUGUAAAUGAACAUGGCAACACACCUCUGCACUAUGCAUGUUUCUGGGGGCACGACUAUGUAGCAGAGGACUUUGUCAAUAAUGGAGCACUCGUCGGAAUUGCUAACAAAUUUGAUGAGACACCACUGGACAAAGCCAAAAUGAGAUUAGCUGAGGCAUUAAGAGAUCGAGCCCUUCAGCUUGGACAGGAUCUUCAGAAAAUCCCAUUUAAAGAUCGCAGCUGGCUGGGAUAUAAAACAAGGAGCAGAGAUGCCUUAUUAUCCAGACACACUGGUAUAGACAUAGCACAACUAAACCUCAGUAAACAUGUCACCACAACACACUCAGGGGAGCUCUGGCGGGGUCAGUGGCAAGGCAAUGACAUAGUUGCUAAAAUACUCAAUGUGAGGGAAUGCACAACGCGAAACUCACGUGACUUUCAAGAGGAAUUCCCUCGACUUAGAAUUUUCAAUAACCCCAAUGUGCUGCCUGUCCUGGCUUGUUGUAACCAGCCCCCAAACCUGGUGGUGAUCAGUCAGUUCAUGCCAUACGGCUCCCUGUACAACGUACUGCACGGAGAAACAGGCAUUGUUCUAGACCAGAACCAGACAUUGCGUUUUGCCAUUGACAUUGCCCGAGGGAUGGAGUUCCUUCAUUCAAUGGACCCCCUUAUCCCAAAUGUCGUCCUUACCAGCAAACAUGUUAUGAUUGACGAGGAUUUGGCAAAGAUAAAUAUAGAUGAUCCUAAGUAUUAUGGUCCGGAUGGCACGGUUAAUGGGAUUGAUGAAGAUUUGACAGCAAGAAUAAACAUGGCAGACUACAAAUUCUCCUUCCAUGAGAAAGGCAAGCUGUACAAUCCAGCCUGGAUGGCUCCAGAGGCUUUGCAGCGUAAACCAGCAGACAUCAACCAGCGUGCAGCCGAUAUGUGGAGCUUCGCCAUGGUGAUGUGGGAACUAGAAACAAGGGAGGUACCUCAUGCUGACAUGGCUCCGAUGGAGGUCGGAAUGAAGAUCGCUAUGGAGGGUCUACGCAUCAACAUCCCCCCAGGAAUAGCAUCACACCUUUCUCGCCUCAUCAAGAUCUGUAUGAAUGAAGAGCCAGGCAAACGACCCAAGUUUGACAUGAUCAUCCCUAUUCUGGAGAAAUUGAGACAAAGAUAAACAAGAGUUCAUUGUUUUCUACCAAUGGAUUACGGGAUCCUAGAUAGCCUCUAUGAUAAAGCAGUCUGUAUGUCCCCUGUGUCAAUGACAUCCUAUGACAUUACCAAGUAAAGAACUUACAGAUCUUGAUAUGUCUCUUAAUUCACUGUGCUGUCAUGCCAGAAAGUGUUUAGAGUAUAGGGUUAUAAGACUUCUGAAAUAUGACCUUGUACAUUAUCUCCUUGAUUGAUAAGGACACAUGACAGGAGUCCUUAAAACAGAAGAUUAAAUCUAGGUCACUAAUAAUUAUUACUGUAUCAAUUUACUUGAUUUCUUAUGCAAGGUUGUUUAAACAAUUGCACGACAAAUUCAUGAUACAUGUAUUUUAAAAUAUUUGGAGUAAUGAAAGGGACAACUACUUGUUGGAUAAAUUAAUUAGUAGCUUUCAUGAUCCUGUCCUUUUAAAGUUAAAGUCUAGAGUACUUUGCUUUUUCUUAGGCAGCUUGUUUUGUGUUGGUUUAUUUUUAUUAAGUCAGACUCUGGAAAAGAUAUUCUAAAACUAACCCUUUUAGGUUGAAGGGGGUUGAAAUUAUACAGAAAUAUUAAAACAGUGCAUAGUAACUAACUGUUAAGAAUAAGUGUUUUAAGUGAAAAUUUUAGAAGAGUAUAAUGCCUAUUUGAGCAUGCGUACUGACACAGGGAAAGGCUAUCCAUUAAUUUAGGGUUCAGUUGAUAUGGUGCUACCAGUUUAAUAUUACCAAAUGCAAUUAUGUGUAUGUUUGUAUGGCCAAAAUAUAAUGUCUUCUGCUUAUUUAUUUGCAUGAUUGUAUGUACAGAUGUAUAUGUGUAUGGUGUAUUUUUAUUUUGUAUAAUAUUAUUAUGAAUUAAUAGCAUAUUUGUCACAAAAACCAUAUAAGUUUAAUUCAUCAGCUUUACACAAUAGUCUUUGUUAAGUUUAUAUGAAAUGUUUGCUGCUUUAACUGCUUUUCCUUAGUUUAUUAUGCAUUAUUUAGUUAAUUAUCUGUACAAUGCUGCCAUGUUAUAUAUAUCAAGUCUACAGUGGUUUUUUAAUGGGGAUUAUAUUUCAAAUCAAAUUGAAAUAUAAAAAGUUCAAUACAUAAAGGGUUCCACAUUCCUCCCUUUCCAUCGGAACAGACAAGUAUUGCCCCCAUUAGAAGAAGGAUACACUGUAAUCCCUGGUUGCUGUGCCUUUUCAUUGUUGUGAAAUAUAAAUUGAGUUUUAUACUUACAUUGUACUCGCUGUACGGUUUUGUUGUGUUUUAACACUGUACCACAAUUGAUAAAUACAUCUGAUGAAUGUUUAAUCUGCCUGUGUAAAGGGUUUUUUCACUAUUCAUUAUUGCCUCAGACAGAAUCUCUUGUUUACUCCAUUACAGCUUUGUCAUUUUCAUUCCCCUCCUACUAGUGAGGGUGUUUAACUUUCAUCAUAGACAAGACAAUUUUGGUCCAAUGAUAGACAGAUUUCUACAAUACUCUCCUUUAGUCUUCCAAUCAGAUCAAAUUGUCCAGAUUGUAUAUGAUUCUCCCUUACUGCCCAGUAAAAAAGAAUGUUACACUUCCAGUUAAAACUUCAAAUACACCUUGAUACUUUUUAUAAUUUUAUGUUGACAAUCGGCAUACAAAUCCUACUCCUUAUAUACAGGUUUUUAAGACAAAUGGAGAUUCUGCUUGGUUGAUAAUGUAUGCUUAUGGAAAAUGGUUGUGGAUCUCUUUUUGUGAAAUGUCAGUGACAAUUGAUAGAACAAAAAUAUGAUUUGUGACUCGGGGGGGUGGGGGGGGGGUAACAACACCAAAAAACCCUCAUAUAUUUCUACAUUAAAUAUAACAACCUUUAAGUCUAUACAAAAGUAGCUGUUUUAUCAAAUAAUACCACAAAUAUUGAUCUCAUCACAAAUUGUUAUAACUAGGAUAUUUUCUGCCCUUCAUCGAUUGUUUGUUACAGAUACUCAUUCAAGUCGAAUGUUUCACAGUGUACCGGAUAUAUUGUGUAAUACAUGUGUAAAAUUUAGUGCCUUUUAUUAUAAAUUUCUGAAAGCAAAUUGAAAAUUGAAUGCUGAUUGAUUGUAGCAAAUCAAUUGACUGACGUUUAAAUUUUGGACGAUAUCAUUAUUUUGGUAGAGUGACACUUUUAUGGGUAUUGCAUUUGGAAUGUACCUAUAAAUGUGAACAUCUUUUGUUGCGUGAAUAAGUUAGAAUUAUGUGCAAAAAAUUACGAAUGUUACCUUAAGUUGUCGACAAAAUUGAUGAAUUAAAUGAGGAAAAUGCUAGUAUUUCUCAAACAAAAUAUUCUUUAUUGAAGAUUUCACUUCACUUCAACAAAAUUGUAAUAUUAGGGUUAAGUGGUCUAAGGCUAUGUAAUGCUGCGACUAUAGAAAAAAAUGUUACAUACUUGUAGAACAUGUUAGUAUUAUACAAAACUUAUCUGCAAUAAAAAGAUCUUACUCGAAAA